UAAAACAUGAUGAUAAACUUUGUGAAUGCCAUAAAUUUCCGGCUAUAAGACUUAAUUACAAACGUCGACCUCUCCAUUUUCCGCCUAUAGUAAAGCAUAUCAUUACAAUAAUAAUCUAAUGAGUUUCAAACAAAAAUUCAACAUACACAUAGAAAAAAUUGACAAUAUAGACCAAAAUUUUGAAAUUCUAGAUAUCUUAGGGCAUGGUGCUAUGGGACCCAUCUACAAAGCCCGCGAUAAGAAAAACUUUAAUCCUUCCUCCUCGCAAGAUGGUAUAGUGCUUAAGUGCAGGGAAAAAGUUAAUGUCAAAACUAGAGACUUUCAAAGGGAGGUUCUCUAUAGUUAUUUGUUAUCGGCUCACGAAAAUAUAGUUAACACUUACAACAUAGCCUACGAAACGCCCUUGGAAUACAUAAUGGUGCAAGAGGUGGCCCCGUUUGGUACUUUGAUUGAUUGGGUGCCAAAAAAGAAAGGAUUGGAAGAAAGUCCCGCUUCAAGAGAUAUCAUCAGGCAAGUUUCUUCGGCCAUCGACUUUAUGCAUAGUAAAGAAGUGAUCCAUUGCGAUAUAAGGCCCGAGAACGUGUUGGUAUUUCAGCACGAGGAUUACAAAAUGAUUCCUAUCUCCCAGUCAAACAUUCAUUCUAUAUAUUCACCACCCAAUCAAAUUUUUACCAAUUAUUUAUCACCAUUAUCACAGCCUAUUACGGCAGGUCACAAUCUUAACGUAAAUACAACGAGCAACAGGUCGCCAUCCUUCUCUAACAUAAGCAACGCGUUCACUUCCCUCGCUACCAUAGGUACACUUUCUUCGUCUCAGCAAACACCUCCCUUCAUCCAAAUCAUAGGUCAAUACAGAGUUAAAUUGGCCGGCUUCGAUAAAUCCUUAAAAAGGGGAUCGCUCAUUAAGAAGUUGUCCAAAGCGAAUCCCUAUUCGGCUCCCGAAAUUUGCGACAAGUUUUACCAAGAGGGUUACCCUGCAGAGCCUUAUGGAGAUGUGUGGGCCUUCGGUGUUUUGGUAUUUUAUAUUCUCACUGGAAACUCCCCCUGGAAUGCAGCCAUCGAAUUGACCGACCCCGAUUUCACAGAAUUUGUUAAAUGGCUGCGACGCAAAAGGGUUUCGCCACCCCCCUCGUUUAAAGCCUUCACAGACAAGUUUUGUAAAUACUUUCGCAAGGUUUUCGAGCUAAAGAAAGAAAAACGCUGCCCCAUCAAAGAGAUCAACAAGUAUUAUUCCGUCAACGAGAGGUGGAAAAAAGCAGAGGAUGAUUUGGCUAAGGUUCUACCUACCCCUUUCAAAUCUGACUCGGAUACGGAGCCUAUUGCUACUAAGCAUCGACAUAACUAUCAACAACGUUACCACAAUAGAUGUAAAGAGCACGAGGAUUAUGAUGAAUAUGACGAUUACGAAGAAUAUGAAAGCAACGGGGACGAUUCACUGAGAGCUCAAUUAGAAGAAUUUGAAAGAUAUCUAGAGAAAAAGGGUGUGCGAACAGAGAUGAUCGAUAAGAAAACAGAUAGAAAAAUAAGGAUAGAAUCAUGGCUCAAAAGCAACCCUUCCGAUGCCAGUUUGCCUAACAUGGGAGAAUCUAGUAGCGAUACCGAGGAAAUCAAAACAAGGGUCAACAAUAAUCAGCAGACAAAGGACUUAUCACAUCCAGUUCUUAUAAACCUUCAACGUAAAACUACUGAACAUCAACGUCUGACCGCAUCUUGCGAUAAUCUAGAAGAUGAGACUGCUUCGACUACCAAACCUAGAGUGUGUUUCGGCAAAAAGCGAAUUCCUAACAAUAAUAAAAAUCUAUUUCCGGAUAGAAAAUUGAAUUCCAUAAGUCCGCCAGAUAGUAGGAGCCCUCUUGUUUCACCUCGAAUAUCGUUGGAUGAAGGGGAAGGUAUUAUUUUGAAUCAAGAUCUGGCCAAGACGAAGUUAGUCAAUCAUAAAAAUAAUUUUAUCGGAGACGCGAGCAGUGAAAGUGACGAAUAUUUUGAUUUCGCGAUUAACAAUGAUAACGUGAAAUACGAAAAAUAUGAUAGACCCAAUAGCCCCGUUGUAAAUACUGGUAGGACUCAGCCGGUUAGUAUAUACUUAGAACAAGCAUCUUCAGAAUCGAUAUCAGAAGACAAUAAUAAAUAAAAAUGAAUUUGAUAUUAUAUAUAUAGUAUGUAUAUAUACAUAUAUACCCCAUGCUAUAUAUUAUGGCAAAGAUCAUGUUUCUUAACGAGAUAGGAAAUAUGAAAAGCUCAAAAACCCCAACUAGAAGUCAUCACUUUACCAAUCAAGUAUUUAAUGCCAAAAUUUUGUGCAAUAUAUCGUCGUUGAUUUUAUCUUGCUCUAUAUAAAUACUGUGUUCUAGAAAAAAAAAU